AUGGAUGAUACCAACUUCAGAAUCAGUAGUGACACAGCCAACAAGAAGCGCCUCUCGGUUCGCCCCAAGGCACACUUAGACUGGCAUUACGAUAUCCGUGCUCUCAAGGGCAUCAUCCGCAAAGUCAUCGGGAUGAAAGUGGACAAAAGGGUAGCCUUCAAUGUUUAUGGAUCUAACCUUGAUCAAGGCCUUGUAUACCAAGAUCUUAGACUUCAUUCUUCCCGUUUCUGGAACUUCCCUUGGAAAAAGAAUCGAGGCGAGAAGCAGGUCGAUACCACCCUCAUCAGAGACAUGGCACUAGAUGCUGUCCAUCUUCAGGAAUCCAAGGAGACUACUGCUUUUGUUCUUGUUUCUGGGGACAACGACAAGAUUCCAGCGGUGAUAUAUGAUGUGCAGUGCGGCUAUACCGUGCAUGUCUGGGCUUAG